AUGACCACUUAUGUCAAACUGGUGAAAGGGGCCACCAAGAUCAAGAUGGCCCCACCAAAGGCCAAGUAUGUGGAUCCAAUUCUGAUGGGGAGUAUGAACAGCCAUGACUUCGAUGAAAUUACGCACGCGCUCGAGGCCCGGUUGCAGGACACCGCAUGGACUGUGGUUUACAAGUCGCUGAUUGUGGUGCACUUGCUGUUUAGGGACGGUGACGGUAAUGUGGCUCUGGACUAUUUCAGUCACAGAACCAGCGUGUUUAACGUGGACAGAAAUUUGCCAAAUGUUGGCAGCACCGAGAUACGCCAAGUGCAGAAGUAUGCCCAGUACUUGAAAACAAGGUGUAAAGAGUUUGAUAGGAUCCGGUUGGACUACGUGAGGGAUACAAAGGCAAAUAUAAAGAUUAAUGAGAAUAACUUGGGCAGAGUGAAUACAGCGUUGGACCAUGUUGAGUCAAUUGAAACUCAGAUCACAGCACUAGUUAAAAAUAGAUACUCUCACUAUGACUUAGAGAAUGACUUAUAUCUAUAUGCCUUCAAGUUAUUGGUACAGGAUCUUUUGAUGCUAUACAAUGCUCUUAAUGAAGGCAUUAUAUCACUACUGGAAAUAUUUUUUGAGCUGUCUCAUUCCAACGCCGAACGGACGUUGAAUUUGUACAAGAGGUUCGUGGAACUUACUGAAACUGUAGUCAAAUACUUGAAAUCAGGUAAAUCUGUUGGAUUGAAGAUCCCGGUUAUUAAACACAUUACCACAAAAUUGGUUAGCUCUUUGGAAGAGCACUUGCUGGAAGACGAUAGAACACAGCAAAACUUUAAGCAGGAUCCAGAUCUCGGAAGCUCGAGCAAUAUUAAGAGACAGGGUACAAUUGCACAACAAAGACUAGAACAAGUACGUGAGCAGAAGAGAAUUCUGGAAGAAAAAUUGAAAACCCAGAAUGUGGUAUUUUCAAAUCCAAAUGAUGGUUCUCAAUUCACACCAAAUAUGAACACAAUGGCUACUGGGACUAUGGCGAUGACUGACCAACAGAACGCCUAUAAUCCAUUUGGAGUUACACCAAGUCAAACUCCUCAACAACUUAACUCGAGAUCUACUAGUGCAACCUUUAUGAAUAACCCAUUUGCUAGUUCUGAGUCUCCAAUGAACAACAUCUUCACCGGUGGUGCACAAGCACAAGCAUUUCAACAAAACGCAAUGCAAAACACAAUGCAAAGCAUACCGCCUAAUAACCAACAAGCUUUCCAACAGGUUUAUCAACCACAGGACCCUGCACAACAGCAAUUUACAGGUCAGGUUCAGCCGCAAACCUCUCAAUAUACAAACCCGACUGGAUUCCAGCAACCACAGCAACCACAGCAACCACAGCAACCACAGCAACCACAAUUGCAGGUGGCACACACAGAUAUGUUCAAUCCACAACAACCUCAGGUUUCUGUUGGACAAAUUCCAGUAGUAACACAACAGGCAUACCAGCAAGAUUUCGGUUUUGGUACUGCAAGUGCAACUUCUGGAAUGACUAACCAAUUUAUGCCUCCAUCACAACAGCAGCAAAUAUCUCAGCAGCAAAUGCCGCAGCAGCAACCUCUAACUGAGACGGCUACUGGAUCGAAUAAUCCAUUUGCGUUGCAUAAUGCUUCGAAGACAGAGAGCCAAAUUCAGCAGAGAAAGCAAGACAUGAAUGAUCAAUCGAUGCAAUUAAAGCAACAGCCAGCUACAUCGAGUGCUAUAAACAACAAUCCAUUUGCUACUAACAACCCAGUAGUCCCAACUACAUACGCCAGUACAGCAACUUCGGAACUGGUACACAACCCAUUCCAACAGCAAAAUGUGAAUUUCACCGGCACACAGGCCACUGGUAUGUCUCAGCCAAAUGUAAUGCAGCCAUUACAACAAUCUCAAUCAUUUAUGCAAGGUCCAGGUGUGUCUUCACAAUACCAGCAAUUGCCUCAACAGGUGCAACCGGUGCAACAAGUACAGCAAGUACCACAACAGGUACAGCAAGUACCACAACAGGUACAGCAAGUACCACAGCAAGUACAGCAAGUACCACAGCAGCAGUUCCAGCAAUUCCAGCAGCCACAAGCACAAUGGCCGGCACAGCAGUACCCAGGCCAAGAGGGUCCAAACCUAAUCGAUAUUUAG